AAAGACAUGGGAGAGACCAAAAACACGUCCCUGGACACAGUGGUGACAGACUUCAUUCUCCUGGGCUUACCUCACCCCCCGAGUCUAAGGACCCUCCUCUUUCUGGUCUUCUUCAUCAUUUACAUCCUGACUCAGCUGGGGAACCUGCUCAUUCUGCUCACCGUGUGGGCUGACCCGAAGCUCCAUGCUCGCCCCAUGUACAUCCUUCUGGGCGUGCUCUCAUUCCUGGACAUGUGGCUUUCCUCGGUCAUUGUCCCUCGAGUUAUUCUAAAUUUCACUCCCGCCAGCAAGGCAAUCCCCUUUGGUGGCUGUGUAGCCCAGCUGUACUCCUUUCACUUCCUGGGCAGCACCCAGUGCUUCCUCUAUACCUUGAUGGCCUAUGACAGGUACCUGGCAAUAUGCCAGCCCCUGCGCUACCCCGUGCUCAUGAAUGGGAGGUUAUGCACCAUCCUCGUGGCUGGGGCUUGGGUGGCUGGCUGCAUCCAUGGGUCUGUCCAGGCCACUCUGACCUUCCGCCUGCCCUACUGUGGGCCCAACCAAGUGGAUUAUUUUUUCUGUGACAUCCCUGCAGUAUUGAGACUGGCCUGUGCUGACACAACCGUCAAUGAGCUGGUGACCUUUGUGGACAUUGGGGUGGUGGCUGCCAGUUGCUUCAUGUUAAUUCUGCUCUCCUACGCCUACAUAGUCCACGCCAUCCUGAAGAUACGCACUCUAAAUGAGGAAAAACCUGUUAAAGAAAUGGAGGAAAAUUUCAUUGCAACUGGAAUGCGAUCACACCUAAUUAAGGACAGUAUCACAAUAUUGAUUCCUCUAGAGAGUCCUGACCAGAUCAGGCUUCUCAAUCUGCAGACUUUACCGUCAGAUUUCUGA